CUUCCGGUGGGGGCAGUGCCAGCCGCAUUAUUUUCUAGUCUCUCUGGUCAUUGUCGGCUCUCUCUGGCACUCGUGUCGGCCUGGAGGACCCGGAAGUCGCUUCUCUUUCUCCUUCCCCCUUCCAAGCCGGCGGUAAGAUGGCGGCAACCGCUGACUGCGAUGUGAUGAUGGCGCCUGCGGAGCCGGAGAGGAGUACGGAGGAGCGGGAUCGGGAGGCGGAGGCGUAUAAAGAGAAGGGGAAUUCAUUCUACGCACAGAAGGACUACAACGAAGCGUACAACUACUAUACAAAGGCCAUCGACUCUUCAAGCAGAAAUGCCAGUUACUAUGGCAACCGGGCAGCUACGUUGAUGAUGCUUGGGAAGUUUCGGGAGGCUCUGGAAGAUGCCCAACAAGCCGUGCGAUUCGAUGACUCCUUUGUGAAGGGUCAUCAGCGAGAGGGAAAGUGUCACCUGACUCUGGGAAACGCCAUGGCUGCUACCCGCUGCUUUCAGAAGGUAUUGGAACUGGAGCCGAAUAAUGAACAGACACGGCAGGAGUUGAAGAACGCCGCGGCCGUCUUAGAGUACGAGAGGAUUGGAGAAGCUGACUUUGAAAAACGGGAUUUCAGGAAGGUUGUGUUCUGCAUGGAUCGAGCCUUAGACUUGGCCCCCGCCUGCCACCGCUUCAAAAUCCUCAAAGCAGAAUGUCUGGCGCUUCUUGGCCGCUACCCCGAUGCCCAGUCUGUUGCUAGCGACAUCUUACGGAUGGACUCUACGAACGCCGAUGCUCUGUACGUGCGCGGUCUGUGCUUAUACUAUGAAGACUGUAUCGAGAAGGCCGUACAGUUCUUUGUGCAGGCUUUAAAAAUGUUUCCAGAUCACCAGAAAGCGCGACUAGCCUGCAGGAAUGCGAAGGCCUUAAAAGCCAAGAAGGAAGAAGGCAACCAGAUGUUCAAAGAAGGAAACUAUGAAAUGGCCUAUAGACUUUAUUCCGAAGCACUUAGCAUAGACCCCAAUAAUAUCAAAACAAACGCCAAAUUAUACUGUAACCGCGGCACUGUCAAUGCAAAGCUUAAGAAACUGGAUGAGGCCAUAGAGGAUUGUUCGAACGCAAUAAAACUGGACGAAACGUACAUCAAGGCCUAUUUACGGAGAGCGCAAUGUUAUACAGACACCGAACAGUAUGAAGAAGCGGUCCGAGACUACGAGAAGGUAUAUCAGACAGAAAAUACAAAAGAACACAAGCAAUUCCUCAAGAAUGCACAACUGGAAUUAAAGAAGAGUAAGAGGAAAGAUUACUAUAAAAUCCUGGGGGUAGACAAGAGCGCGUCAGAAGAUGAGAUCAAGAAGGCGUACAGAAAGAGAGCGCUAAUGCAUCAUCCAGACAGACACAGUGCAGCAACCACAGAAGUUCAGAAGGAGGAGGAGAAAAAGUUUAAAGAAGUCGGCGAGGCCUUUACUAUCUUGUCCGAUCCGAAGAAGAAAGCGCGAUACGACAGCGGGCAGGACCUGGAGGAAGACGAAAUGAAUAUGGGAGAUUUCGAUGCCAACAACAUAUUUAAGGCGUUCUUUAGUAGUCCUGGAGGCUUCAGCUUUGAAGCAUCCGGUCCCGGAAACUUCUUUUUCCAGUUUGGUUAACAAGCGGACUUCCCCCGAACCUCUCGCCCCUACCCCUCCAAUUCUGCAUACCCCCCGUCCCUCCCUUCUCCAUUCAAGUGUUUUAAACCUGGAAUAAGGACAUUUAUUUAAUCCAACUUCUCCGCAUCGGCAGCAUCAACAUCCUCAUGUCUCUGUUUAUUAGAGAAGUGUAUAUUUUUUUGUUUUGUUUUUUUAAACUAUUAUUAUUUUGACUCCAUCUCAGUUUAUAUACCUCUCUGUGUGCUCCCGUGUGGAGGAAAUUGUGAGCGAGGCAUAACGGCGAAAAUAUCAAAUAAAAAAAAAAUGACUGCCUGAUUACCCGAGUAUAACUGUGUCACACAGUCGCAGCAU